CCUUUACUAAUACGGGUUACCUACUGGAAAGCAAAAGACCCGGAAUUGUACAAGGCAAAACGUUUUCCUUCAGUUAUAAUAAAUGAAAAGGUUCACAUAUAUUCAACGCCAAUUUUGGAAUACCCCGGGCUUAUGAAGAUAUGCUACCACAGCGGAACAGAAAUAGAUCCAGACCAGCGGGACAAAAAACUGUCAAAUAAAGACCAAACAACAGCGGAUACACAAUGGCAAACACUUGUGACAGCUAUAAAGGAAUACUAUCCUUAUAUAGAACCUGUUCCAUCUGUUACAGAAAGCUGUAUUUAUUCAGUUACUCCUGAUCAGGAUUAUAUCUUGGACCGUCAUCCUGUUUAUUCGAAUAUUAUCAUUGGCGCUGGAUUUUCUGGUCAUGGGUUUAAAUGCUCUCCAGAAAUAGGCCGUAUUUUGGGUGAUAUGGCUAUUGGAAAUCCAACAGCUUACGCGCUGGGCUCUUUCUCUUUGUCAAGAUUCAAUUCAUCUAAUUUGUAAAGCAAGAAAUGUUUUUAUCUAUAAUUCGCUACUUGUGUAUUUAAUUCAUGCAGUCAUUCAGAUAUUUUAUCUCGUUAUUCCAAUAAAUGUUUUUCUUGUUGACUAUUCUAUAUAAUUCAUACAAUUGUUCAGAUAUUUUAUCUCGUUGUUCCAUAAAAAAGUUCUUAUCAUUUGUUACUGUGUAUAUAGUAAUGCAAUCAUUAUAUUUUAUCGUGUUAUUCAAGAAAAAAAAAAGGUUUUAUGUGUUUUCACUUUUCAGUAAUAAGCAAAUGUUUUGUAAUACUUUAAUUAUGUUUCUAUAGUUCCGAAUGCAAUUUAAAAAUAUGCAGGUUUUAAUUGUUUUUAGGUCUAUUAUUUAAUACUGUUUUACUGGUAAUGUUUGUAAUUGUAAUAAAGCUUUUUUGUCCCAACAAAAAUGAAAUAAAGAUUAAAUCAGCACA